AAAACAAAGCCUCAUCCUCAGAACAAACAGCUGCCUCUAUAUAGUUCUUGAUAGGCUAUUUGCUUCUUUUCAUGGAGCCAACUUCGAUUUUCAAGAAGGGUGAUGCUCCUGAUUCAGGAACCGACAAGUCUCUAAGAAACCUUACAAAAUAUAAAGAGAUCAUCUCAACCCUUACUCAAAAACGUAGCUGGCUUCCAUCUCAACCACUCCACGAAUACCAAGGAUUUUGGUGCUAUCCAACUUUCCUGGAAGGCAUCAUGUCAGCACAAGAACACUUCAUAGCUCAACCUACAGAUAUUUUCACUUGCACCCAUCCAAAAUGUGGCACCACUUGGCUUAAAUCCCUGUGUUUUGCCGUUUUGACAAGAAGAAAUUUCAGUGAUUCCUCCUCAAACCCUUUACUCACCGAGUCGCCACAUGAAAUUGUACCCUGGAUUGACUUUUUAGCUUCCAGUGGCCAAACUAGAGACCCCGAACUUCCACUUUUGGCCACACACAUUCCCUACACGUCCUUGCCCGAGUCCAUUGUAGAGUCCAACUGUAAAAUUAUUUACACCUGCAGGGAUCCCAAGGAUGUGUUUAUUUCGCUGUGGCAAUUUGCUGGCAUUGUGAGCGGUUCAAGAGCAGAAGACUUUCCACUGGAGGAGGCAUACCAGCAAUUUUGUGAAGGAGUCCAUCCUUACGGUCCUUAUUGGGAUCAUAUUCUAGGGUAUUGGAAAGCACACCUUCAAUUUCCAGAUGGAGUGCUCUUUAUCAAAUAUGAAGAUCUAAAGAAUGACACCUUCUCCUAUGUGAAGAGAAUGGCAGAGUUCAUGGGAUGCCCUUUCUCCAUGGAAGAAGAGAGUCAAGGAUUGGUGCAAAAAAUUGUCGACUUGUGCAGCUUUGAGAGUCUGAGCAAUUUGGAGGUGAAUAAGAGUAAAAAGCGGAGCUCUGCAACAGGACCUUUCAAGCUUCAAUACGAUGCAUUUUUUAGGAAAGGUAAGAUUGGGGAUUGGGAGAACUAUUUGACAGUUGACAUGGCAGCUCAACUUGACCAAAUAACCGAGCAGAAGCUCAGUGGAACUGGCUUGUCUUUCCCAACUUCAUAUAACAGCCCUGUGUCAUAAUUUUAUGUGGUUUGGUUCUUCCAUUGAUGCUCUUAUAGUGUAGAAGGCUUUCAGUCAUUAUCUAUAUAUAGUUUUCAAUAAAUUAAAUUUGAAUGUUGAUCAUUCUUCUACGAUGAACCUAAUUCUCCCAAAAUAAACAGAAAUUUCUUACUAUUUUCA